AUGUCUCUCAUCACAUGCUUCGAUAAGGUCCCAAAGGUAGAGGCAUCAUUGCUACCUAUGCAUCUUCAAUACAGUGGUCCAGCAAACACCUCAAAUUAUUUUACUCCCUCUAAAACGAUUGAGAAACAAAAUGAUGGUUCUGAGGUGAAAACUGCAUAUUUUAGAGGGUGUAGGUUAGUUGCAAAGGAAGUUAAUUUGAAGGAUUGCAAAGUUGAGGGUUGUGUAAUAAACAAGAAUGAGGUGUUACAGAGGGAAACAAAUGAUGAAGAUGGUACUGAACUAGUCAAAACUGUCAAAAACUAUUCCGCAAUUGCAUCAUUUGACAAGAUGACCUUGUAUGGGCACGACUCGGAGAUCGAACUGAGUAACCAGUGGUCACUAAUCCCAGAGUAUUUAGAGAUUAGUAGCAUAAUACAUAAUUAG